AUGGAAGACAAAGACCCUAACAUAAGGAGAUGGGAGGAUCUGGACAUAGAUAUUCUGGUGAAGAUUUUUCAGUUGCUUGACAUUUUUGAGUUGACAUCUGGCAUCUCUCGUGUUUGCAGUGCAUGGCGCAUGGCAUGCUGUGAUCCACUUCUUUGGAAAACACUAGAUUUGUCAAUGUUAAGAUCUAAUUUCAUCAAGAUCCCAUUAGAGCCAUACGUUUAUGUCGAUGAACGAUCUGAUAGGACUUUAACGCGAAUAUUGAAAAUCUCUCUCAGUCUCAGCCGACAGAGUAUAAUGACUCUGAUCUUCCAUUUCAACUUGUACGCAAGUGAUGAGCAGUUGACAUACACUGCUGAAAGGUGCCCACGACUCAAACGACUUGUUCUGCCAGCUUGGAACAGAAUCAAGAAAACAGGAAUGUGCAAGGCCAUCCGCUGCUGGGAAGAGUUAGAGUCCCUGACAAUGCCUAGUAUAGCAAAUCCUCCAUAUAUUUUGGAGGAAAUCUCAACCAACUGCAAGAACUUUAGUGAACUCAAGAUUAUGGGGCCAUGUGAUAUUUUCUUUGCCUCAUCUCUGGCUGCGUUUCUUCCAAACCUAAGAGUCUUGAGCCUUCGUUGCUCAAUUCUUUAUACAGAUGUUCUCAUUCUCAUCCUUGACAGCUUACAAAACUUAGAAGUGCUCAACAUAUCACAUUGCAUUCUGAUGGAGGUCCUUCCAGCUCCUCAACAUAAAAAAAUUGUUAAGGAAAUUGAUGUGAGUAUUCGUCAGAAGGCUUCUCGGUUGCGCGAAUUUCUCACAUGCAUGGAUGACAACUGCGUUAUGUGCCAACGAACUAGAACUGAUGAGGGACUGGUUAGGUGGUACAAGUACGAGGAAGGGCUUUGGAAAAAAGAUGAGGUGAGGUCUCUCACGCUUUGA